AAUCCUUCUCUUUCUUCCUCCCGAAAACAUUUUGCUGUACUAAAGCAGGCCAGGUGGACUACUGUGCAACACGGGUACUCAGUCUCAAGAACCCUAAUUUGCUGACAAUCCAUCGAGGUUCUAGUUCCUUUCGAUUCUUCAGGUAUUGGGUUGGUAUACAGAAUGGCUUCUGUGUCCAGUCAGCCACAGUUCCGGUACACUCAGCCACCAUCUAAGGUGCUUCAUUUGAGGAACUUGCCGUGGGAGUGUACAGAGGAGGAAUUGAUAGAACUGGGAAAACCAUUUGGUAAAGUUGUCAACACAAAGUGCAAUGUUGGAGCAAACCGUAACCAGGCAUUUAUUGAAUUUGCAGAUUUAAAUCAAGCUAUUGCGAUGAUAUCAUAUUAUGCGUCAUCUUCAGAACCUGCUCAAGUAAGAGGGAAAACUGUUUACCUACAGUACUCCAACAGGCAAGAAAUAGUGAACAACAAAACUGCCGCGGAUGUUGCAGGAAAUGUACUGUUAGUAACAAUUGAAGGUGCGGAUGCACGCCUUGUCAGCAUAGAUAUUUUACACCUGGUAUUUUCAGCUUUUGGGUUUGUGCACAAGAUAACUACUUUUGAGAAGACUGCGGGAUUCCAGGCACUCGUGCAAUUUUCAGAUGCAGAAACUGCCACUUCUGCCAAAACUGCACUGGAUUCAAGAAUCAUCCCUAGGUAUCUGCUUCCUGAGCAUGUGGGACCAUGUACUCUCAGGAUAACAUAUUCUGGACACACUGAUUUGAGUGUGAAAUUUCAAAGUCACCGAAGCAGGGACUACACUAAUCCUAACCUUCCAGUUGCUCCAUCAGCCAUAGAUGGAAGUGGUCAGCUAAUUGUGGGAUUGGAUGGGAAAAAGCUAGAACCGGAGAGUAAUGUGCUUCUUGCAUCCAUCGAAAACAUGCAGUAUGCUGUCACCUUGGACGUUUUACACAUGGUCUUUUCUGCUUUCGGGCCUAUUCAAAAGAUCGCCAUGUUUGAUAAGAAUGGAGGGGUUCAGGCCUUGAUUCAGUAUCCAGAGGUUCAGACGGCUGUUGUUGCCAAGGAGGCCUUGGAAGGGCACUCCAUAUAUGAUGGAGGGUUCUGCAAGCUCCACAUCUCAUAUUCACGCCAUACCGAUCUCAGCAUAAAGGUGAACAAUGAUCGGAGCAGAGACUAUACAAUCCCUACCAUUCCAAUUGUGGCCGCACAACCGUCAAUUCUAGGACAACAGCCAGUUCAUCAGAGUGCCACAGUGCCUCCAUACAGCGGGGCUCAGUAUGCUGAUCAGGCUGUGAUGCCUCAGCCUUCUGCAGGGUGGGGACCAACUGUUCCGGCAGUUCCUCAGUCCAUGCCGUUUCAGAUGCAUAAUCAACCGUACAUGCCACCCGGAACUAUACCUAUAUCUUCUCCUCAAAUGGGCCCUGGGAUGAUGCAGAGUGGUCCGCCGCCUCCGCCCUAUCACCAUGGUCAUGUGCAAUGACACCUCUCUUAUGGAAUUAACCGUUAAAGUUGUUGAAUCUCCGGUCAUUGGAUUAUGGAACACCACCUCUGCAUAUACAAGGAGCAUUCGAACAAAGGGAAUCUCCCAUCUGCAGAAGCCGCCUAAUUGCGAAAACUUCAUAAUCCUGCUCUCUUUUUCUUGAAAUUUUGAUAGAGAUUAUGUAAAAUCAGUGGGUUUCAAAUACUUGAUUGUGUUGUUGACUGUUUUAAGGUUUAUUAAGAUAAUAAUAUCAACUGUUAGUUUAAAUGA